AUGGCUCCCGAAAAGAGGAACGAGUUCCUCGACGCCGAGGACAGCGACGACGACCAGAGCCAGGGCUACGAUUCGGAAGCCGAAAACCUGCAAAAAGGCGGCCGCACGUCCAAGCGCAGAAAGGUCGACGAAUCCGACGACGAAGACAUCCUCUCAGACAACGAGUCCGUACUCCCAAGCAACGCCCCCGACUCCGAGGCCGACGACGAUGCCGACAACAGCACAUCCAAGUCCUCCAAAAAGUCCAAGCCGUCCCUGCCCGCGUCGGCCUCCAAGGCCCUCUCUCACAAGAACCUCAUCGCCUCCGAGGCCGCCAUCCGCAAGUCCGGCGUCGUCUACCUGUCCCGCAUCCCGCCCUACAUGAAGCCCCACAAGCUGCGCACGCUUCUGACGCCGCACGGCGCCCUGAACCGCAUCUUCCUCGCGCCAGAGGACCCUGCGGCGCACACGCGCCGUGUGCGCGCCCGGCGCCAACAAGAAGCGUCUCUUCACCGAGGGCUGGGUCGAAAUUCGUCAAAUAAGAAGGACGCGAAGCGUGCGUGCGAGCUUCUUAACGCGCGCCCGCUGGGGCGGCAAGAAGGGGUCUGGAACAACCUGACGGAGCAGAUUGCGGGCGAGAACGCGGAGAGGACGAGCAGGAUGCGCGCCGAGAUUGCUAGGACGACAAAAGAGAACAAGGAAUUUGUGGCCAACAUUGAGAGAGCAAAGGUUAUCGAUGGUGUCAAGGCGAGCAAAGAGAAGAAGAGGAAGAGGGCGGACGGCGAGAACAGCGAGCCGUCGAAGGCUGGGGGUGCGUUGGAGGAGAGGCCAAUGACGUUCAAACAGGUGUCGUUGGCGAAGAGGAACACGGGGGCAGACUCGCAGCCGGAGCACGUCACAAGGGUGCUCAGCAAGAUCUUCUAA